UCAGUCGUGAACGGAGUUCUUGAUUGUCUUGAAGAGCAGUUGAGUGAAAGUGAUUCUUCAAUAUCACAGGUGCAAAACUUAGCAGUUGAAAACACUGGCCUCUUCACAGCACUUGCGAAUGUUGCGGCCGUCAUAGUUAAAGUUCUCGGAGGACCAGUCAGCGAUUUGGCAACAUGUGUGUCGCCGAAGAAUCGAGUGAAACUGUUCACACUUCUUUCGCAAGUUGCCUUCAGUGGUCUUAUGUGGGUUGGACCGGUGAAAAGUGGCGCUAUUGUUUCAAUGCAGCACUCACAUUUCGUCUUUUUGAUUGUACAAUUCAUCAACAGCGUUGGUAUCAUUGUAUUACCACCAUUCGUCAACGGAAUUGCAUACGACAACAGUUGGUUGCAUUGGCAAAUCAUAUUGCUUUCAAUUUUUGGAUCGGUGGUCAUAUGUACAGCGGUUUUCCUAUUUACUGGCGAAGCUGAGCCCGCAUCGUGGACGAAACCACGUCCAGAUUACCGGCAUCGCCGUACGACAACAGGAGAUCUUAUUGUCCCUCAUCCACGACUCAUGUCAUUUUGA